CACAGGUGUAGCUGCUCCUCCCCUUCAGUCUUGCACAGGUGUAGCUGCUCCUCCCCUUCAGUCUUGCACAGGUGUAGCUGCUCCUCCCCUUCAGUCUUGCACAGGUGUACCUGCUCCUCCCCCUCAGUCUUGCACAGGUGUAGCGGCUCCUCCCCUUCAGUCUUGCACAGGUGUACGGCUCCUCCCCUUCAGUCUUGCACAGGUGUAGCGGCUCCUCCCCUUCAGUCUUGCACAGGUGUACCGGCUCCUCCCCUUCAGUCUUGCACAGAUGUACCGGCUCCUCCCCUUCAGUCUUGCACAGAUGUACCGGCUCCUCCCCUUCAGUCUUGCACAGGUGUACCGGCUCCUCCCCUUCAGUCUUGCACAGGUGUACUGGCUCCUCCCAUUCAGUCUUGCACAGGCGUACCGGCUCCUCCCCUUCAGUCUUGCACAGGUGUACCGGCUCCUCCCCAUCAGUCUUGCACAGGUGUACGGCUCCUCCCCAUCAGUCUUGCACAGGUGUACCGGCUCCUCCCCUUCAGUCUUGCACAGGUGUAGCCGGCUCCUCCCCUUCAGUCUUGCACAGGUGUACCGGCUCCUCCCCUUCAGUCUUGCACAGGUGUACGGCUCCUCCCCUUCAGUCUUGCACAGGUGUAC